GAAGGGUGUUGUUUUGUUUUGACGGUGGUACCGCUAUCGUCAGAUCACCAUCAAUCGUCCGUCCAGGCGUAAAAAUCCCUUUGUCCGGGAUUGUUUUCCUGUGAUCCAACAUCAGGAGCAAUGAUAAAAUGCUUUCGUCACCCGCUUUGGUGAUACGGUUGCUGAUCGUCUUCUGCGUGUCGCUGGCAACGGUGGUUUUCGGACAAGCAUGCUCGGAGAAACCAUGGGUGGCUAUCCACCGGAGGUUGGCCACCAAAACGCCCUAUCGCCAUGUGUUUCGUGAUGAUGGAUACAAUCCGUUCGACAGGAUCGAAGGAUGUCAGAUUAGGCGAACGUGGGGGUUGUUUCGGCAUGGGACACGAAAUCCGUCGCAAAAGGUGAUUGAACGAAUGAACACGGAUUUGGUGAGUAUUCGGGACGACAUUCUGCAGCACGGGAAAUUGUGCAAGAAAGAUUUGGAAUUGUUUGAGCGAUGGAGGCCGACGCUAAACGUGGAAGAGGAAAAGAUCCUGGUGGCCGAAGGAGCGGAUGAAAUGCGGCAGAUGGGCAAACGCUUUCGUGCACGAUAUGGCAAGUGGUUACCGAAGGACUACCAGAAGGAAAAUUUUUAUUUCAAAUUCACAAAGACGGAGCGGGCUGAGAAUAGUGCAAGGAAUUUCAGUUUAGGAUUGUUCGGUCGGACAGUGGAUGUGGAAUAUCCCACUGCGCUUUCGCGGGAUCCGAUUUUAAGAUUCUAUAAACUGUGCGAGCGAUGGAGAAGCGAUAUAAAACGAAAUCCAGAUGCAGUUCAGGAGGUUGAUUUGUUCUACAAUAGCAAACCAAUGAAAGAAGUUAUUGGCAGAAUCUCAAAGAAGAUAGGCACUUACUUGGAUGCAGAGAGCAUCCAUCUGAUGUAUCAGACUUGUGCCUUCGAAACGGCGUGGGAUAAAAAGUAUACAUCACCGUGGUGUACGUUGUUUGAUAAAAGUUCCGUGAAGGUGCUGGAAUUCGGGGAGGAUUUAGAGUACUAUUGGAUUGACGGAUAUGGAUACGAGUUGACAUACGAACAGGCAUGCAGUGCCUUUGGGGACUUGCUGAAACGAUUCAACGGAGAGCUAGAGCCCUACACGUUCUACUUUACUCAUUCAGGAACGCUCCUCAAGGCCAUGGCUUUCCUUGGUCUGUAUCGAGAUGAUUAUCGACUGACGCACAAGGAUUUCGAACGAAAACGACAGUGGAGGGUCAGUGAAAUCGAUGCGUUCGCAUCGAACCUGGUGUUCACACAAUUAGAGUGCUCAAAUGGAACUUAUGUGAUGCUCAGUCACCAAGAGCGGGUGGUACACAUUCCUGGAUGUCCGCGGGGUCAGACAAUGUGUCAUUAUGACACUUUUAAACGAUUGUUCAACGAACGGAUUGAGAAUUGCGCAUUCGACGCAAUGUGCUCUCGUGUAGUGCCUAAAAGAGAUGAAUUGUGAAUUAAAAGUUAAACAUCAAAGAGACAGAUAAUUGUUAGCGGUUUAAACGAAGAAUCGGUUGGCAGCGAAAUGCUGAUAUUAGAAUGGAAAUAGAUUUUUUUCUUCUAUUGGGAAUUAAAAAAGGAAAAUAUAUUCAACUCAGUUGCUUACAUAAAGUGGCUUUUUAAACCGUGCCUGAAGUAUUUUGUCGUGUACUUCGAAAUAAAACUUGCUUAGGAAAACUCAGCCAUUCUGAGAAAGAUAUUGAAUGCAAACAAAGAUAAAUCAGUUUGAAUUAAAAGAUACUUGAGCUUUAUUUGGUAAUUAGCGUUUGUUGGAAUAGGAAGUAGGUGACAAAUACAUUAUUUCCGUUGUCGUAGAUGACCUGAACCAGAUUUCAUGAUGAUUAUUUUCAAACUUUCUGAUUUACUUAUAAAUAAUUUUGAUAGGUCAUUAUAUUUAUCAAUUUGCAAAAAAGAGCUAACCGCGGUGGAGGUUGGUACUCGGAUUCUGAUGUCUUUUCCGCAAAAGAGACCUUUAAGUGGUGUUGUUGUGUAGGGGUUAUCACGCCUAUCUAGAGAGUAGGAGGUUGAGGGUUCGAGUCCCUCCAAGACACGUGGAUUCUUUUUCGCAAACUUCAUAUCAAUUUGUCCAUUUAGAAACAUGUGCUGUGCAUAUGCACAGCCAAGAUAUUUAAGAAAAAAAUUGUUUUUGUACGGCCGAGUUGCCGAAUAAUAUGCAAUUAAAUGGCAUUAGUUAGUUAGAGUGCAUCAUUUCUAUAACCGAGUGUAUGGUCUUCAUUCGCUUCUAUGGAAGAAUACAAAAAUAUGAAAUGAGAUUGUA